AAUGGUUUCUACUCUUGCAAUAAUUGCCUUGUACGUAGUGGGAACUUCUAAUUAAUUAAAAAGAAGUCCUCCUCAUCCUUCAUCUCCCUUAAUUAGGAUUAUUGCUCCUUAGACUACCUCGAAUUAAGACGAGAGAAAGAGAGAGAGUGAGAGAGAUGAGGAGCUACGUUGGGCAGUCAAAGAAAGGGAAGAAGAGCAACUCAUCAGCGAAGCAAAUUAGGCAGCCUCAGAGAGGACUUGGGGUGGCUCAGUUGGAGAAGAUUAGACUCCAAAAUAAGAUGACGGAUCUGAGAGGACAAUUUGCAUAUCCUGAUUCAUCAUCGCUUUCCACACCAUCGUCUGUCUUUGGAGCUCAUCCUAGCUUUAUGAUUGGAUUUGAAGGUUCUACAGAAAUCACAUAUGGCGAACACUUUUCUGGUGCAGCAAAAUGGUCCUUGAACGAUUCAAAUAGUCAUCCAAUGUUGUUCAUCAACGAACAAGACAAUGAGAGGAAUAACAUGCGACAGGAUCAGCAGCUUCAGCUCUCAAUUGGUUCUAAAGGCCGAGACUCCGAUUCAGCAUUAGAUUUAGAGCUAAAAUUAUCUUUGUAGCAAUAUGUUUAUUAUGUAUAUUUUAUUGAGUGUCGAUAUUUCUUUUUUUUUCAACUUUACUUUGUACCACAUGGAUGGUACAUUCUACUAUAUAAUCUGCACCCCAAACAAUUAGCACAAUACAAU